GUCUGCGCCCCGACAUGGCUGGCAAAGCACACAGGCUAAGCGCUGAGGAGAGGGACCAGCUGCUGCCAAACCUGAGGGCUGUGGGGUGGAAUGAGCUGGAAGGCCGAGAUGCCAUCUUCAAGCAGUUCCAUUUCAAAGAUUUCAAUAGGGCGUUCGGCUUCAUGACAAGAGUGGCCCUGCAGGCUGAGAAACUGGACCACCACCCCGAAUGGUUUAAUGUGUACAACAAGGUCCACAUCACCCUGAGCACCCAUGAGUGUGCGGGCCUUUCCGAGCGGGACAUAAACCUGGCCAGCUUCAUCGAACAAGUAGCAGUGUCCAUGACCUAGACCCUGCCCUUCCUCUCUGAUUCUUCAGGGGACAGGGCUACUGCACAGGAAUGGAGAGAGGGAACUAGGGGGCCUCCAGAUGUUGCUGCAGGCAGAACUGCCAAGUCGACCCUGCUGCCUCCAUUUAGGGGUGAGUGCCUGCUGUGGAAGAGGAGACGCCAGCAUCACAGCUAACAGUAGGAACUUCGACCUUUUUCCCCACACCACUCUCUUCAUCCUUGGGGCUCUGUUACAUGUACACUAAUUUGAGUAAGAUCUUCCCUUUAUAACUUCCCAGCAACAGUAAUGA